AUGCUGCGUAAUAACAAGUAUGAACUCAACGAUGGUCUAGUUGUGACAGACUCACAGCUAGACUGCUGGAACAUGACUGCCGCAAAAUUGACCUCUCCCGCUGAAGUCUUACAUUGGGCUGUUACAACGUUUCCGCAUCUCUAUCAAAUGACCGCAUUUGGUUUAACCGGGCUGGCAACAAUCGACAUGUUGUCAAAACUACCAGCUCUAGAGGAGCAAAUGGUUCCGUUAAUAUUUAUCGAUACACUCCAUCUAUUUCCGCAAACGUUGUCCUUGUUGCACCAAGUUGAGGACAGGUACUAUAAGCCCCUUUCGCAGUCAAUCCAUAUCUUCCGCCCCGCAGGUGUCAGCACCGAAAAGGAGUUCGCUGAAAAGUACGGCAGCUGCCUGUGGGAAACUGACGAGGACAAGUACGACUUCAUAGCCAAGGUGGAGCCCGCUCACCGGGCUUUUCGUUCGUUGGGCGUAGGUGCCGUGCUCACCGGACGCAGGCGCUCGCAGGGUGGAAGCCGCGAACAGCUCAACUUCGUUGAAGUCGAUGAGGUCAACGCUGUACUUAAAAUCAAUCCCUUUGUUACAUGGAGUUUUGAUCAAGUCUGGUCUUAUAUCUUGGAUAACCGGAUUCCUUAUAACGAGCUGUUAAACUAUGGCUACAAGUCAAUUGGUGACUAUCACUCCACGCUGCCCGUGGUCGAUGGCGCCGGAGAAAGAUCCGGACGAUGGAAAGGCAAGGCAAAAACAGAAUGUGGUUUACACACGGCCAGCAAAUAUGCCCGGUAUCUUCUGGAACAGAAGUAA